GAUGCCAAUGCGAGCUCUAGAUGUAACCCCAAGGCCUUGACCCCAAGUCUACGCAUCUUUUCCUUCAAUGAAGUUGUUCGACCAAUGCAGGGUUGUGUGAAUGAGAGAAGGAACCACGUGGUAGCCAAGUAAGAGAUUUUCUAAUGACACAUUUAUAUCAACUGUAAUGAUGUCCAUUCUUUCAUCUUAGUGGACUGCAACAGAUAUUUCAUCAAAUCGCCCCAAGUUAAAAAUAAUCAUGAAAACAAGGCUUCUCCUUGCUGUAUUUUUUCUUUAAAAAAAUUUUUUUUUUAAUAUCUUCAUAUUAUAAAACAUUUGCAGUAAGCUUAAUCAGAUCUGUGUAUACGCAUGACAGUUUUAUUUCUCAAUUCAUUCAUCGUUGUAACUCAAAACGAAAUCUGGAUGCAUUUCAUCUCCAGGCCUGUGUAUAUUGUGGUUAAAUCUGAACGCUUUUUCCUCUCCGGGCCUGUUGUAUAUUGUGGUUAAAUCUGAAAGCUUUGCCUCCCCAGGCCUGUUGUAUAGUGUGGUUAAAUCUGAAAGCUUUGCCUCCCCAGGCCUGUUGAAUAGUGUGGUUAAAUCUGAAAUUUUUCUUCUCCAGGCCUGUGAAUAUUGUGGUUAAAUCUGAAAGCUUUUGUUCUCCAGGCCUGUUGUAUAUUGUGGUUAAACCUGAAAGCUUUUGCUCCCCAGGCCUGUGUAUAUCUUGGAGCUGCUUGAUCCACCAAGCCAAUCACCUGGCAUCUCUGGCAUUGACCUUGAAAUACUGACAGUCAAUGCGGACGGCGAGGAGGAAGACCGUGACGAAGAAGAGAUGGACAGGGAUAUCCAUCUGUUGGUCAAAUCUCCUCCCAACCUGAAGUGGUCGCUGCACUCAAAAAGUAUUGCAGGACUCGUGGAAAUAGUGGUAAUUAUUAUGAUUUUUCUCUAAUUCUCGUAUAUCUUUUAUACUUCCCCCCCCCCCUGAGCUGCCGUCAUGCUUAAAUCUAUUUCAAACGUGUCUACAUAUUAUGUGUGUGUAUAAAAGAGUGUUUUCAGGCUCUGGUCUCCGUGUGCAGUGUUGUAGCUUUGAAAACUGUUAAAGCUUGGUCCAGGUAAACAAAUAAACACCUUUGUCUUGAAUUGAAUACCAAUAAAGUAACCAAUUAGUUUGUAUUUCAAACAAAAUUAUGCUUUGUUUUUUCAGUUAAUGUUGAUGAAUAUAUUUAAAUGUUGCUUUUUUUUUUUUAAUUUAAAUUGUUUCACCUUAGAUUGUGAAUGGUUUUUAUAAAAAAAAAAACUAUUUUUUUUUUAUUUUAAAAAUUUUGUUUUUUCAGUUAAUGUUUAUGAAUAUAUUUAAAUGUUUCUUUUUUUUUUUAAUUUAAAUUGUUUCACCUUAGACUGUGAAUGGAUUUUAUAAAAAAAAAAACUACUUUUUUUUUACAUUAAAAACCAAGCAGGACAUAAAGCUUCAAUACAAAUCUUUAGUUUAACUUAUGUUUGUUUCCAGAGUGUUUUUGUUUUCCCCUUACUUGUUCAUCUUAAAAAAUUUAUUUUGUUUUAGUUGUUUUUUUUUUUUUUUUUUUUUUUUUUUUUUUUUUUUUUUUUUUUUUUUUUUUUUUAUUUUUUUUUUUUUUGUUUUUUUUUUUAAAUUUUAAAAAAGAAAACUUGUCUUGUGCUGUUGUUUGAAUCAUUGAUAAAUAUUCCAUAGGAAUUGUAACUUCUCACCCCCACCCUGUACUUUUUUUGUUUGUUCUCCCCCACCCCCACAGGCUGAUGCUGAUGUAAGAACAACUGGUGUGAAGUUUAGCUCAGUUGCCCUCAGGACAGAGGUCAUCACAGUUUCAGGGAGGGAGCUGGUGGACUGGUCCAAGGAUUUCAUAGCCCCUGUCCAGCUGUAUGCAGGCAUCCAUGGGGCCAACACCAUCAAGCUGAAGAUCCCCCCAACAGGUGGGUCAUGUGGAAAGGACCAGCUUACAAUCAUGUGAUCAGCUUACAAUCAUGUGAUCAGCUUACAAUCAUGUGAUCAGCUUACAAUCAUGUGAUCAGCUUACAAUCAUGUGAUCAGCUUACAAUUAUGUGAUCAGCUUACAAUCAUGUGAUCAGCUUACGGUCAUGUGAUCAGCUUACGGUCAUGUGAUUUCAUUGACUUGCAGAUUUAUGAUGACACUCUCAUUGAUCAAUGGUGACAAUGUUUUUCUCAGAAGUACCCCAAAACCCCAAAUAAAUUUCAAGGGAAAAAAAAGUAAAUGUUUGUCAACACAGUUUGCCUUUCAGUAAAUUUCUACGCUGGGUACGUUGUAAUUUAGCUAAGGUAAAGUGCAGAAAAAGAAAAUUGCUAUUAGAACACUAAAUCCCUUGAUUUAUAAAUGUCUUGAUUAGCGCCAACGUCUAGUUAAUAAAUGUCUUGAUUAGCGCCAACGUCUAGUUUAUUAAUGUCAUGGUUAGAAUCAACGUCUAGUUUUAUUAAUGUCUUGGUUAGCAUCAACGUCUAGUUUUAUUAAUGUCUUGAUUAGCGCCAACGUCUAGUUCAUAAAUGUCUUGAUUAGCGCCAACAUCUAGUUAAUAAAUGCCUUGAUUAGCAUCAACGUCUAGUUUAUAAAUGUCUUGAUUAGCGCCAACGUCUAGUUUAUUAAUGUCAUGGUUAGAAUCAACGUCUAGUUUUAUUAAUGUCUUGGUUAGCAUCAACGUCUAGUUUUAUUAAUGUCUUGAUUAGCGCCAACGUCUAGUUCAUAAAUGUCUUGAUUAGCGCCAACAUCUAGUUUAUAAAUGUCUUGAUUAGCGCCAACGUCUAGUUUAUUAAUGUCAUGGUAAGAAUCAACGUCUAGUUUUAUUAAUGUCUUGGUUAGCAUCAACGUCUAGUUUUAUUAAUGUCUUGAUUAGCGCCAACGUCUAGUUAAUAAAUGCCUUGAUUAGCAUCAACGUCUAGUUUAUAAAUGUCUUGAAUAGCAUCAACGUCUAGUUUUAUUAAUGUCUUGAAUAGCAUCAACGUCUAGUUUUAUUAAUGUCUUGAAUAGCAUCAACGUCUAGUUUUAUUAAUGUCUUGAAUAGCAUCAACGUCUAGUUUAUUAAUGUCUUGAAUAGCAUCAACAUCUAGUUUAUUAAUGUCUUGAAUAGCAUCAACGUCUAGUUUUAUUAAUGUCUUGAAUAGCAUCAACGUCUAGUUUUAUUUAUGUCUUGAAUAGCAUCAACGUCUAGUUUAUUAAUGUCUUGAAUAGCAUCAACGUCUAGUUUUAUUAAUGUCUUGAUUAGCGCCAACAUCUAGUUAAUAAAUGCCUUGAUUAGCAUCAACGUCUAGUUUAUAAAUGUCUUGAAUAGCAUCAACGUCUAGUUUUAUUAAUGUCUUGAAUAGCAUCAACGUCUAGUUAAUUAAUGUCUUGAAUAGCAUCAACGUCUAGUUUAUAAAUGUCUUGAAUAGCAUCAACGUCUAGUUUUAUUAAUGUCUUGAAUAGCAUCAACGUCUAGUUAAUUAAUGUCUUGAAUAGCAUCAACGUCUAGUUAAUGAAAUGAAACAAAAAACCAGUGAUGUCAAUUUUUGGAAAUUUGCAAGUUAUCUCCUGUGUGGCUACAGGCCAUUAAAUAGAAUAAUAUGAAACAUAGACCCAAUUGAAAAAGCAGCGUAGUCAAUAAAUAAAUAUUUUGACAUCUUGACAUUUUUAUGCUUUCAUGGGUAAUUUUUAAACUUAAUUAUCAAUUUUCGCAAAACUCUCAAAACCUGACAUCACUGUUUUUUCCCUUGAACCCUUCAUUAAUGGAAGGGGGUACACACAGUGCAUUUCUUUGAGUUACAAGAAUGUAUGUAACUUACUGAUGUAUCAGUUUAAAAAUAUCUUAAAUUUCAAUGACAGGCUCAAUCAGGGAAAUAUGAAUUGUGUUUGCAUUUGAUCCAUCCACACCAUGUUCACUUUCUAUGUAAAUAAAGGCAUAAAUAGUUCAUUUGAGAUCUUAGUCCCAACUUUGGGUUAAGCAAUAAUAGAUACGUGGAGAUGUCGAUCCCAAUAUUUCAUUAUGCUAUCGUAGGUUCCCUGCGAUGUCAGUCCCAACACUGGAUUAUGAAUUCAUGAUUAACUUGAGAUCUCCAUUCCAGCUUUGGUUAUGUCACGGUAGGCUACUUGAGAUGUCCAUUCCAGCUUUGGUUAUGUCAUGGUAGGCUACUUGAGAUGUCAGUCCCAACACUGGAUUAUGUAAUCAAUCUUAGAUAAUUUUUUAAUUCAAUCAGACUUUGAAACCUAGUGGGACUUUUUUGUUUCUAAAACUCUUCAGGUAAAAACAAGGCCUCUCCAAGGGACAGAACCACUAGCUCAAAUGGCAAACCUGAAAAAGGUCCGGUCCGCAAGAAUGGUCCUGAUCAACAGGACCCGAGUAAGAACCAAAUUAGGACGACCUGUGCAGGCGGACAGAUGGAGGUCGUCAUAUCAAAAAUAUUUAUUGAGGUAAGCUCAAUCUAUUGGCCAUUUCUUGAUGAUGUGACAUCAUUUUAUCAAAUUAUCAUUUAUUUCGUGUAACAAGUGGGAAGGCUGUCCGUUUAAACAUUAAGUUACGCCUUCAGUUGCCACUCUUUCUCUCUCUCCCUCCCUCCCUUGUGACUCCCUGUUAACAUUUAUAGGGGCACUUUACUGUCAAUCUUUUAUCAGAUCAGAUUUCUAGCCAUGAUCGGAUUGUAUAUUCAAAUAGUUUGUGGGGCAUAGAUCUAAUAUAUUUCUUGAAAUAAAAAUUCUUUCUUUGGGGCUGUACGUUAAGGUUUCUCAAACUUGUUCCACCCAUCGGCCACUUAUUAGUAUAAACUGAUUGUCAUUCUUAUUUUCAUUCCUUUGCCAUUCUUCAGCUGUUUGGCUUUACUUCAUAAACUGGUGUCAGGAUCAUUUGAGUUUAAUACAAGAUGACAUUUUGUUCUUGCACUAUUCCAUAUUCUAUAUUACUUAGCUCUUAGGCCAUCUUGAAAACGGUUCCCCACAUUCCCCCCCCCCUCUAAUUGUAAAGAACUUCACUGUAAUCCAGUUAACAUUUCUGAUUAAUUAAUUUAUUUGCAGCUGUUUCUUUAAGUUAUAGAAUUGAGUAAACUUUCAUUCAUUUGAAACCAUAGAUACAAGUUUGUUUACAUAGCAAACCAUUAUAUGUGUGUUAUAAUGAAACAGGCAUGAAAGAUUUGUUAACAUAGUAUGAAAUUAUACAGACCCACGAAAAUCUCCUUAUGACUUUAUUCUGUACACUUUGCUGACCCAUUGCCAUAUCGCAAAAUCAAGAAAAGAUAGGACAUUGGCCAGUCAUUUUACAACGACAUUGGCCGUUUCAUGAUUUGGCCGGUCACUUCUCCCUUUUGCCUAUUUCUAGUUCUGGCUGCAACAUAUUUAUAAUAGAUGAGCCGAUUUUAAAUUUGACCUUAUUGGGCAAUGGCCUAAAUUAAUCACGUAUUGUUUUGGGCCUGUUCACAGUGGGCCGGAUUAGGCGAUUACAAGAUCUCACUGACGGACCCGACAUGUCAGCCGAUUGAAGAGUCAGAUGACUCUAUCAUUUUACGAACUGGUCUGACUGCUUGCGGAACACAGGCUGCCCCUAUGGACGAUGUCGUCUCUUUUACAAAUGCCGUAAGUUGAAUUGCUGUUGAUGUUUUUUGUUGUUUUUUUUUACAAGUUACUUUAAAUUAUUUAGCCCACUGUCCUGUCUUUAAAAAAAAAGAAGAUUUAUGCCAAAAUUUGGGUUGAGACUCUUGAUAUCUUUUACGGUUUGUAUUGAAGGUGUGGUUGGCAUCAGUGGUGUGGUUUACAUUGUAAAUGUAUCGGUGUGUAUCGAUGUGUGUCGGUGAUGGCAGCGUGCAUUUUAAAAGCCUGUUCAGAUUUUGUCCAUUGAGCCAUUUUUGGAUGUUGUGUAACACAAGCCAUCAGCAUUGAUCAGCCCAUGUCAAUGUAAUGAAACAAAUCCAGAUAUUAUUGAAAUUUGUUAGAAAUUUAGCUGUUGUCCUUGUAUUUGGCAGGUUCUAAUAAUCACGGAUGAACUUAGUUUGUAUUUCAUGUUCCCCAACACUCCUGCAAGUUUCCUUCUUUAUUUCAGGUUAUUAUCAAGACUCCUCCUGGACUGGUCAACAGUUAUUUGGAGGAUGAGGUGGGGAGCGGAUUCUUCCGGGAGGAAGGUGGAUCCGGAUUAGACGACCUUGAUCCGCUAACAGAUGAUGAGGAUUAUGGAAAGAAACAUCUCAACAUCACUGUGGAAUGCAAGAUCUCAAUAGAGGUGUGUGCUUUGUAACUUUCAAACAUUAAGGAUAGUGAAUGAGGCUUUGUAACUUUCAAACAAUAUGGAUAGUGAUUCAGGCUAUGUAACUUUAAAACAUUAAGGAUCGUGUAUCAGAGUUCAAGUCGUGCAAAGGAAACAGUGGAACAAGAUAUGAUGAUCAAAGGAACGUUUGGGCUAGAUGCCUUCUUCCACAGACAAAAAUCAAGAAAUAUGAAAUAUUAAGGAAUAGAAAUUCAAAAUCUACAAUAUCUAAAUCGCUCACUAGAGACAGGUUAAGUUUUCUAUAAGCAAAGCUUACCAAACUUUCGGUAUUUUUAAUGUGACAUUUUUAUAAUUUUGAAAAUAUCAAGUAGGAAAAAAAGACCCAAAAAAAUGAGAAUUAGAAAUGGAUGAAAAUUGGGGACCGUGAGUAAGAAAAUAUUUAAUUGCUUCCAUAUGAUCAUUUGGUGCCGAACCAAAUAUCUGAAUUAAUUUGUUUUCAUUAUUCACUCCAACAAGUGUUUAAGUCUAUGCUCACAAUGGGAUGGACACACCUGAUGUGCCCUUGUGUUCAUCUCUGCUGACAAUGGGACGAGACCGAGAAUUAAUUGUGUUGUUCAAUAUUUAAAAUAGGCAAUGACAGGUUCUGUAUUUUACAACAGUGUACAAGUGAUGUGCACAAGACUUACUUGUAGUUCAAAAUGGCACAACUGUAACAGUAGGGCACAUAUCACAACUGGGGAAGUACAAAAUGGCACUACUGUAACAGUAGGGCACAAAUCACAACUGGGCAAGUACAAAAUGGCACAACAGUAACAGUAAGGCACAUAUCACAACUGGGGAAGUACAAAAUGGCACAGUAACAGUAAGGCACAUAUCACAACUGGGGAAGUACAAAAUGGCACAACUGUAACAGUAGGGCACAAAUCACAACUGGGGAAGUACAAAAUGGCACAACAGUAACAGUAAGGCACAAAUCACAACUGGGGAAGUACAAAAUGGCACAGUAACAGUAAGGCACAUAUCACAACUGGGGAAGUACAAAAUGGCACAACUGUAACAGUAGGGCACAAAUCACAACUGGGGAAGUACAAAAUGCCACAACAGUAACAGUAGGGCACAUAUCACAACUGGGGAAGCACAUUCACAUCAAAAUAAAUAUACAAAGAAUUUAAUAUUACCAACAAAAUAUUUGUAUUUUUAAUGUGUGGUCUGAGAUAAAAUUCUUUAAAUGAUCGGUGCUUGUCCUAUUUCCCAUCUGACUGAACUCAAAAUACCAUAUCUUGAGCUGUCCCUCCAUAGAUGUCCUCUAGACCUACAAAAUACCAUAUCUUCAGCUUUUCCUCCAUAGAUGCCCUCUAGACCUACAAAAUACCAUAUCUUGACCUGUCCCUCCAUAGAUGCCCUCUAGACCUACAAAAUACCAUAUCUUGAGCUGUCCCUCCAUAGAUGCCCUCUAGACCUACUGGGGACAUUAUAGAAGUGACUCCAUUUCACUUACUACAGGGUGCAUGAAUAAAGUGAUGACUCUCCAUAACUUCUUUGUUCAUCUUUCUUCUAGAAACCUUCUGCCAAGUGUGACAUGAUCCUCUACAAAGAACCACUCUUUCGUACCACUAAAACCAACUACCCAGUGACUGUGCUCAAGGACAGCUUCAUGUUCAUUAAGGCUUCCAUAGGUCAGUGAGAUCAAUUGCUUUUGGUAGGUCAGUGAGAGAAAUAGCCUGAAGUGGGUCAGUGAUAUAAAUGGUCUUCAGUGAGUCAGUGAGUGAAAUGGCAUUAAGUGGGUCAGUGAGAGAAAUGGCCAUAAAUGGGUUAGUGAGAUAAAUGGCCUUCAGUGGGUCAGUGAUAUAAAUAGUAAUGGCGGAAAAGGGGAGGGGGGCGAAGACAGCAGUAGCACACGUAUGGUUAGAUAUUUCAAUCUACAUGCUUGACUUCUUGAAAUAAUGUGCACUUGUGCAUGGUUUUUGUUCUACUUCUAAACCAGCAAGUCUUUUAAUCUUAGAGGUUGAGGUCAGCCUGACCCCGGGGUCUACUACCCCCCCAUUUUGACCAUUCCACCAUUCAUAAUGGCUUAGGACAAACAGCCAGUGAUAAGAGUUUCUCUAUCAUUUACUUGUGUUGCAGGUUCAGACAGUACUCUGAUGGUGGACUCGUGCUGGUUCUCAAACUCCAAACUGCCCCAGGACAGUGAUGCUCACACUGAGAUGAUCGUCACCAAUGGGUUUGUCAAUAAUAUCCUUUCAUGAAAUUUUGUCCCUUCUCACGUCAACCCAUUUGAAAAUGCAGCUGUAACAUAUUUGUAUAUUCUAGUCUUGGUUUUGGAUUGCAAACUGCUUACCAUUUGAAGGGACAUUCUAUUGACAGAGACGUUUCAUGCUUAAUGUUUCAGUCUUAUUUUAUUACCCAUAUAUUCUUUAAUAUUGGUUUGUUGAUGGAAGUCAGUUAAAAAGUACUUUAACAGGGGUUCUCAAGCUUUUUUGCAGUGUCACACCCCUUCUUGAUUGCAAAACAUUUCCUUCACUCCCACAAUUACAAAAAUGCUAAUAAAAAUGAAAUUAAACCAUUUUUUUCUGGGUAUUUCCGUACAGCCAGACAAUGCCUUUCGCACACCCAGGGGGGGUGGGGGUGCAGGAACCCCUGUUUAAAACCCCCAGACUACAAUAACAAAAUGUCUUAAUUGUCCUCAGAUGUGAGCGAGAUCCUUACUUUACCUUGAUUGAUCCUCCCAUGGAGUCCCACAAUGGUCCCAACAUGAAUGAGGCUAAGUUCAGAAUUAUCUUCAAGGACUGGAUCAAGGGCUACUCCCAGAUCUACCUCCACUGCCAGUUUUACUCUUGUCAGAGAAGCAGCGCGACAGGGGUACGAACAGCACGUUUGUUUGUCUUGAUAGUAAUUGUGUUUUUAAGGUUUUUUCUCCUCCCUUUGUAUUUCAGAAAAAUUGUCAGUCUUAAAAAAGCACAACUGAAAACUCUCAGCCCUGAAGCAUCAGCUGUAAAAAGAAAUAGAUAACUUGCCUGCUAAUACAUUCUGCAGCCUUGUAGGCCUGUGUCAUAGCUUAUGGAUAACUUACCUGCCAAUACAUUCUGCAGCCUUGUAGGCCUGUGUCAUAGCUUAUGGAUAACUUACCUGCCAAUACAUUCUGCAGCCUUGUAGGUCUGUGUCAUAGCUUAUGGAUAACUUACCUGCCAAUACAUUCUGCAGCCUUGUAGGCCUGUGUCAUAGCUUAUAGAUAACUUGCCUGCUAAUACAUUCUGCAGCCUUGUAGGGCUGUGUUUCAUAGCUUAUUGAUAACCGACCUGCCAAUACAUUCUGCAGCCUUGUAGGCCUGUCUCAUAGCUUAUGGAUAACUUACCUGCCAAUACAUUCUACAGCCUUGUAGGCCUGUGUCAUAGCUUAUGGAUAACUUACCUGCCAAUACAUUCUACAGCUUGUAGGCCUGUGUCAUAGCUUAUGGAUAACUUACCGGCUAAUACAUUCUACAGCCUUGUAGGCCUGUGUCAUAGCUUAUGGGUAGUGCAGCUGGAACCCUAUGAUUAUGAAGGAUCAACAAUGACAUGGAUAUGUGGAUUACUACAUUUUGCUGCUUCCUAAUGAUUACGUUGACAAAUGAUCCUGCUUUAGAAAGUGUGGACUAAUUGUUUAUUAAAUUUAUUAGGGUUAUGGUCACACUCAAGGUUUUGCAGGCAAGGCAAUUUUACAAGAGGUACAAGUCAGUCUGGGAACAAUAUGCAGAUAUGCAUCCUGUCUGGUUGUUAGAAGCUAGCAAAUGUCUGGGAGCCACGGCAACAGGCUCCAAAUAACAGGCUGAAAUCUUUUUUUUUUGUUGUUAUACUUCAAUGUUUUCUUUCAAACCCUUUUUUUUUAACAGUGUGUUAGAGGUCCCCGUAAAGGCUGCACAGAAAUUGUUCCUGGGGACCCCAGGCCGAGGAGACCAGCCUGUGCCCCAGUGACCAUUGGACCAUUGGAACUUAUAGACAGAGACAUCCCAAAACAAGUGCUUGGUCAGUUCUCAAUUGUUCAAAUAUAUCUUAUGUUAUAGCUACUAACAUAAUAAAUAAUACGUUUUAAAAAUGCUUCUUUCCUUAGGUUUUUAAUAAAAAUAAUGUAAUACUUUAAUUUAAAUGGUGUACUUUUGUUAUAAUUUAUUUAAUAAUUUUUAACGUGAAAGGAAAGGAAAAAAAAAAAUGUUGACUUUUAAAACUAAACUUUGAAAGUUAUAUUAUGAAUAUUUUGAUCUAUCAUAGAGGCUUAUAAUUAUUACUAUAUAUAAAAUAUAUAUAUAUCUGAAGAGUCGAUUUUCAAAAUGCUGUAUAUCCAUUUUUGGCGUUUUGAGAUAAUUGACUUUUUCUGCUAUACAAUGAUGGCUCAAAUUUUCGGAAAAUUAAAUGUUAAUUUAGGUAUAUAUUUAAAAUAUAAGUUAGAUUAUGAUGAAAAUUGAAAUGUAGGUUAAUGAAAAUGUAUUUAUUUACUUGGUUGAAUUUCUUAUUUCAUUUCAAAAUGCUCUGUAUCCAGCUGUAACUUAGUGACAAAAUGCUGUAUAUCCAUUUUGAUAGCAUAACAUUAUUCUCAGUAGCAAAUAAUUCAAGUUGUUUACAGAUUACAAACCACUUACAUAACAAAAUAAAAUUAAAUUGUAUCAUAUACAUUAUAUAAUUGUGUAUGAUUAAAGUUUUUAUUGAUAUAUUUUAACAGAAAAGUGUUAUAAUUGCUGAGAAGUCGGUUGUAAUAGUGUCAUGUUUAGAGUGCAAUAAGUUUGCAUGAUUUGUUUUUAUAAAUCUGAAUUCUAAACAAAGUUAAACAAGAUAAUGUUCAAUUCAGAAAUCAUUUUAUUUGAAUUUAGAACAACGACAAAAUAGAAAAUAAUGAAGUGUCUGAUUCAGAGUGGGCAUCAUCUUCAACAGCAGUUUGAUUUUGUUAAAGGAAAAGUUGAUGCUUUUUAUUUACAUUUAAAUCAGAGCGCAAAUAUUUCUGUCUUUGAGCACCCUUUUUUUCUGUCAUGGCUGGAUCUGCAUGUAAAAGAUUGAACAUGUAAUAAAUAACACAGCUAACUCUGUAAAACAAUUUUUUAUUUUCAUUUCCUUAAAACUUCUGAUGUGUAAUAACCAUAACCAUAAUAAUAAUAAUAAUGUAAAUGAAAUUUAAUGUUUUUUUUAAUAAAUUUACCGGCAGCUCACCUUGCAGAACCAUUUAUCGUGAUUACACGUGACCGCUUGAAUGACGAAAUGAUUUGUCUUUUUCUCGUGUUGAGCUUUUUUUCUUUCUUUUUCGAGAUUUUAUAGUACAAACAACUCUUUCAUCCAGGCCAUCAUUAUGCACCGUGUUUGUUGUUGUUUCGCGUCGUGAUGUUUAGUGCGCAUGCGCAGAAUGCCGCAGAAUAGCUCGUCAAUCACACUGAUUGGUCCGAAAAUAUAUAUAACAUUUUGAUAAUAAAAAAAAAAAAUUCACACCGUGUUUUCAAAAUAAAAUUAUUUUUAGUCAUAGAAUAAUAUAGUGUUAAAAUGUGUUUUGUAGGUAAACUUUAACAUGCCCUAAAGGAACCUGGUUUGCUCUACAAGAAUGUACAGCUAUCUCAUUUUUUUCAAAAUGGCGGAAACCGCGUUUUGAAAAUCAACUAUUCAUAUAUACACAUUUUUUCAAAAAGUUAAUUUCAAAAUUUCUUUAGGUUUUCAUCUCACAGAAUUUAAGCUACAGUACAAAUUUCUUUAUCUCUUGCAGUAACCCCUCAAGCAAGGCCUGAUUAUCGCAAGGACGAUUCUAACCAUGGUCAGCAGCAGAGGAUCAUCGUUGAAGGCCUCGACUCUGCCACUGUUGUUGGCAUUGCUUUUGCAGCAUUUGCCAUCGGCAUCCUUCUGACAGGAGCCCUGUGGUUCAUUCACUCCCAUACAGGUGAUGUAACCUGUUGUAAGUGCAUGAGUACUUUCCCUUUAGUUUGUUGUGCUCAUUAUCAAAAUUUACUUUUAUAUAAUAACUUACUUUUAUAUAAUAACUUACUUUUUGUAAUAACUUGCUUUUUGUAAUAACUUGCUUUUUAUAUAACAACUUACUUUUAUACAAUAGCUUACUUCACAGGUACUUGACUACAAUUUUAAGAUGGCAGUUUCACAAGUUUCCCACUCCCCUAGUUGACCACACACUUCCUUCCUCUCCAUCUCUCACUCUCUCUCAUUCUCUCUCUCUCACUCUCUCUCUCUCAUUCUCUCUCACUCACUCUCACACACAUACACACUCUCACAUACAUUCACACCCUCUCUCACUCACUCUUUCUCUAUCUCUCUCACUCACUCUCACACACAUACACACUCUCUCACUCACUCACUCUCUCUCUCUCUCUCUCACUCACUCUCACACACACACACACUCUCUCACUCACUCACUCUCUCCCUCUCUCUCUCUCUUACUCACUCACUCUCACACACACACACACCCUCUCUCUCUCACUCUCUCUCUCUCUCUCUCACUCACUCUCGCACACACACACACUCUCUCACUCUCUCUCUCUCUAUCUCACUCACUCUCACACACAUACACACUCUCUCACUCACUCACUCUUUCUCUAUCUCUCUCACUCACUCUCACACACAUACACACUCUCUCACUCACUAACUCUCUCUCUCUCUCUCUCUCUCUCUCUCUUACUCACUCACUCUCACAUACAUACACACUCUCUCACUCACUCUUUCUCUAUCUCUCACUCUCUCACACUCUCUCUCACUCUCUCCCUCCCUACUUCCAGGAUCCACUACAAAUGUCUAAUUUUAUGUCAUAGCACUUUUAAACUUACAGAAAAUAUUUACAUAGUUUACAAAGAGAAUGAAGCAGUCUAUAUAUUAAGAGUUUAUUCUUACGGUCGUCUCUCCUGCCCAUGCUGACCUCAAUCCAUUGCUUUCAGGUCCCAUUAAACGUGGCGUAAGUAAUCACAGAGGGGCAGAUGCCAGCGGUGACCUGACGCCAAACUCCUCCUCACCCAUGACAGCCUGAGAAGAUGGCAGCUAUUGAACUACAUCAUACAGCUUACGUAUAGGCAGUUGGUGUGUUAUUGAACUACAGCACACGUACAGGCAGUCCGUGUGACAUUAAAAAACAAAACAAACGGCGUCAGUUGUUUGGAGCGCCAAAGAAGUGUGUUACUUGUUUCAACCUUGUGCGUCAAGUCCACCGCAACCCGUGUCGUUGUAAAUAUGGAGGUGUUUCAUCGCAAAAGACAUCGGCAUCAUUUCGCCAUUAGGCUGUGUGCGCAGCAGCCGUAUAAACUCUACGACACACAUAGGAGCAGCCAACAGGAGCUGUCAAGCUACACAUAUAUUCUGUCUACUGUUUCAUCCAGUUUUUUUACUGCAUAAUUUGUUGGGUGUUUUUUUUUAUUGUAACGCCUGACCAUAAUAUGGAUGAUAAAAUGCAGGAUGGUGUUAGCACUAUCGUCAGCUGUGACAGAACGCCAGUAAUAUAGUGAACGGAGACGCUAAUUCAGCUGUUACUCUUUGCCCAACUUACUGUCCGAUACACUAACAAAGGUCGUGUUCUCAAAUAGUUUAAAAUGACCUUGAACUCCUCAAAUGCCCUUUAUUAAAAAAGAAAUUUGAAGGUCAACCUUGUUUUAAUAACAGACAAAACCUUUUGAAGGUAAACCUUGUUUUAAUAACAGACCAAAACCUAUCUAAAGCUACUAUAAAAGAUAAAUUUAAAAGAAAUGUCAACAGAAUGGGGAAAUUAAUUGGAGAAUUCUUAUAGCUCAACUGAACUAAAUCCUAAACUCAUCUUAUAAUAAUACUUCUCAUGGCUCCACAAGGGUGUUGAACAAAGCUAGGAACUGUCUUUGAAUAGCUGUACAAAUCCGUGUUUGCUAGAGACUCAUGCCAGCUCCUAAUGAGGAAACAGGUGGGGUUAAGGGGACGCCUCUGUGAUAUACAAGAUUAAAAACAUGCAGUUGGAUGUGCAGGAUCUGACAGACGGCACCACAGCUGCCACCUUGCUAUGGGCAAUGAGUAUGCCAUGACUGAACCAUGAGGAAUAAUACAGACGUGUGCUUUAAAGUUCCUAAUUUUUCUGAGUUUGAGAUACAACAGUGUCUCCUCCU